CGCCAUUUUGCUUCCAGACCGGCUGGAGGUUGGAGACGCGGACAGACGCUUCACAGAGCCGGUGUGAACAGAAUGUCUCACUUCACUUUUGAGAGUGACAUUAAUAAUCUCCUGAAGUUGGAUGCACCUAUAACAAAUGGGCCUCUAGCCAGGUGGCAGAAGAAAGCAAACAAUGGUGUUACUGGGUCUUUAUCUACUGCAGCUAAUAUUAGCGGCUUAUCACCAAUGAAAACGACAAACCGGUCGCUGAACACAUCCAAGGUGGUGACACCGGGCAGAACACCAGGCAGGACCAAAACCCCUAAAUCUUCAAAGUCUUCCCGUGUGCAGGGGACGCCUUCAAAAGUAGGUGGUGACCGUUAUAUUCCGACCAGAAAUGCAGCACAAAUGGAGGUAGCACAUUUCUUGAUUGCCAAAGAAAAUGACCAAGAAAAUGAGUCUCCAACCAAGAAAGAACAGCAGAAGUCCUGGUCCUUAAACCUGAAUGGUUAUGAUGUCCAGCAGGCUAAAAUUCUGCGACUAAGUGGGAAACCACUCUGUGCACCAGAAGGUUACCAGAAUAAUCUGAAAGUUCUGUACAGUCAGUCAGCAACACCAAGUUCCACCAAGAAGCCCAUCCGAUACAUCCCCUCCAUGCCCGAGAGAAUUCUGGAUGCUCCAGAGAUCAGGAAUGAUUACUAUUUGAAUUUAAUUGACUGGAGUUCACUGAAUUAUCUGGCUGUGGGACUUGGAAAUAAUGUGUAUCUCUGGCAUGCUGAGUCUGGGGAUAUUCUUCCACUUGUACAACUGGAGGAUCAAGAAGACUAUGUUGCUUCAGUGUCCUGGAUAAAAGAAGGCAGCUAUUUGGCAGUUGGAACUAGGAAUGGAGAGGUCCAGGUUUGGGAUGUUGAGCGUCGAAAACGCCUGAGGAAUAUGGUGAGUCAUACUGUACGAGUAGGUGCCCUCAGCUGGAACAGUCACAUUCUAUCCAGUGGCUCCAGAGUGGGUAAAAUACAUCAUCAUGAUGUCCGUAUUGCAGAACACCACAUAUCUACUCUGACUGGACACACACAGGAAGUCUGUGGCUUGACGUGGUCACCUGAUGGCAGGUAUCUUGCAAGUGGUGGCAAUGACAACCUUCUGAAUCUAUGGCCGAACAUUACUGGGAAUGAUCCAGAGUGCCAACCAUUACAUACAUUCACGCAGCAUCAGGGCGCUGUUAAGGCAAUUGCCUGGUGUCCUUGGCAAGCAAACAUCCUUGCAAGUGGUGGUGGCACCAGUGACAGAUUCAUUCGCCUUUGGAAUGUCAAUUCUGGGUCGUGUUUGAAUGCUGUAGAUACUCAUUCUCAGGUCUGUUCAAUAGUCUGGUCAACUGAGUACAAAGAAUUGGUGUCAGGACAUGGAUUUUCACAGAAUCAGUUGAUAAUAUGGAAAUAUCCAAACUUUACCAAAGUCACUGAGCUCAAAGGACACCAGGCUCGUGUGCUGGAUAUGUGUUUAAGUCCAGAUGGAACGACAGUGUGCUCUGUGGCUGCAGAUGAAACUAUCCGCAUCUGGAAAUGCUUUGCGGUGGACCCAGCAAAGAAGAAAAAGAUGGCCAUAGCCGCUCAAUCCAGCGUGCUGCACCAUGGCAUUCGAUAAAACAUGAUUUAAACGAUAGAGGCACGUGUGACAAAAUUGUGGAAGACUGAUUCCACUUUUAAUGGGACAUGGGAAUAAAUGUGUUAUCUUUGCAAUGGAGGAGAACUGGUGUAUUUUUCCCUUAUCCAGUUGUGUUCAAAUUUGAGCUUUUUGCAUGAUGAACAGUGAUUUUUUUUUUUAUUCCCACGAGUAUUCUGUUGAUAUUUCUUGUACAUAACUUUUAAAUUGAAUUUAAACCAUUUUAUGAAUUUUAAAAAUAAUUUAACAUGUACAAAUUUCUUUCAUUUUUCAAUAAACUUGAAUGUAUUCACACUGCUUGCAGUGUAGUCAUGUAUGGUG